CCUUUUUCCAGGGUGCUCUCUCUCUCUCUCUCUCUCAUACUCCAGCUAGUUUCCUGGGUUGUGUCCUCUGUGAUUGUGUAACUAGCUACAGUAGAUGACUAUUCUUGUUUACUGUUUCUCUUUCCUCUGUUCUUAACUCUGUUCUAUUCUCUGUUCUAGUCUUUGUUCUUGCUGAAGUAUUUCAGGACUUCCAGAAAUGAGGCUGCCGUUUGCUGUUCCUUACUGAUUACAUAAUUAACCUUUCUAGUCCCUUUCUGAUAACAUAGUUAACCUUUCUAGUCCCUUAAUAGGUGCCUCCAACUUCUUUGAUACUUCCUUGCUCGAUUGUGUUGGUACGAGGACAAGGCUACAUGCUUCUGAUCCUGUGACUCCUUGUUUAGUACCUGCUUUACCCACUCACUAACUCUCUUCCUCUGACUGCCUUCUGUGUGGUGUGAGUGGUUUAUGCAUUGGCCAGAUGCUGAUCAGGAGGAUCCCUCUAUAAAGGCAUAGCUUCUACGUUUUCCUCGUGCUAAACAUAUUUCAUAAUUAAUCUUUCCAUUUUCAUAGUGACUCAAUGUAUUAAGCAUCGGAUCUGCUCAGAGAGAGAGAGAGAGAGAGAGAGAGAGAGUCUCACCACGGUGUGAAUACAGUCAUUUGUGUCACAGCUUUCUGGUUUCGGAUGUCAUGGUGAUGUAAUAGGGUUGAAUCUGGUGGCGAUAAGGAGUAAGUUAUUCCUACAUAUGAACGGAACCGCUGAAUGCAGCCACUUUUCAGUAAUUAGUGUCAGGUCAUUGGAGACAGUUAUGGGAGCAGUUUUCAUGGGCUUGUUACAGAAGACUUCGUAUAGAUUGUAGGCCUAUGGAUAUCCUAUUUGAUUCUACUUUUUGUAAUUUGCUUGCCUCCAAGGAAGUGUCCUUGAGUGUGUGCAUGCCCUCUGUAAGUGCGUGUGUGUGUGUGUGUGUCCCACCCCCUGUGUUUGUUUCCUGAAGCAUGGGUAUCCAGUCAGCCUGCCGCCUGUGUAUGUGGUCUUGUUUGAUCUCCCUCCCCCACUCACCCCUGCUCCCUGAGUGUCCUCCCCCGCUGACAGCCCGCGUCUGUCUCUCUGUCUUUCGGAAGGUACAGUGGUCCAAUUUGGCCCCUCCCCCCAUCGUUUCACGCUCUCCUUCCUUCAGCGAGCCCAUGGUCCCUAGCUUUGCACAGCUCCACCUGCGCUCUCAGGGGCCGCAGCAUCACCCUGCACCUUCAUCAUCAUCAUCAUCAUCGCCCGCACGUACUGACCCGCAGCCCCACCCCCAGCCUAGGGCCUUACCCCUUGAGAAGGCUCCCACAGACGACACACCUCCCAGGGGCCUACCUAUCAAACAUCACUUUCUCUUCUUUGGCGAGGUUCCUGUGAGGACUACAUCCAGGUCUCCAGUACUGUCACGCAGGGACUCCCCUGUCCCAUGGCAAUGCCAGUGCCACGCCCAGCAUCCCAGCCGGCCAAAGGAAUGCAGCAGGGUACCUUCUUAUGUCCCUCCGAGAAUAAUGUUUCUCUUCCAUUUUCUGUCUUAAACUCCGUUUUUCUUUAUUUUCUGUUACUGUCUCCCAUUGGACCCCUUGUUUUGCUGUCUUAAUACUCCCAUCCCCCUCUCCUCCUCAGGGGCCCAUCGCCUGUUAUAUAAAAGCCUCUGUCUGUUUGUCUCUCUGUUUGUCUCCUCUGUGUGAUUAGUGUGUAGGAGGGUUUUAUGUAACAUCACUUACAGUGCUGCGCUGCGUGUUGGUGUGUUUGUGAAACUUGUUAUGACUGUGUGUACUAGGAUAAAGGUUUCUCCACAUGUUUGUUUGUGUGUGUGUGUGUGUGUGCCAGUCUCUAUUAGUCUGUCAAUGUGUG